CUCUGCCGCAGAUCUCAGCCUAUCCUAUCGAUAAGGUUCAGUUAGCCAAGGUGGAGGAUGGGAAAAGAAUGGAGCUGUCCCAGCUACUCAAUGAGAUCAGGGCAAACUAUGAAAAGCUCCUCACCAGAAAUCAGAUAGAGACCGUGCUCUCAACAAGGAUCCAGCUGGAAGAAGAUAUAAGCCAAAAAAUGGACAAAGAUGAAGAGGCUCUAAAGGCGGCUCAAGCAGAACUCAAGGAAGCUCGACGCCAGUGGCACCAUCUGCAAGUGGAAAUUGAAUCUCUCCAUGCUGUGGAGAGGGGCCUUGAAAACUCCCUGCACGCCAGUGAGCAGCAUUACCAGAUGCAGCUGCAAGACCUAGAGGCAGUGAUUGAAGGACUAGAAAAAGAGCUCCAGGAAGUCAGGAGCGGCAUCGAAAAGCAGCUUCAAGAGCAUGAGAUGCUUCUCAACACGAAGAUGAGACUAGAGCAAGAAAUAGCAACUUACCGCCGCCUCCUAGAAAAGGAAGAAAUCAGAUAUUAUGGUUGUAUCCAAGGUGGGAAAAAAGAACAAAAACCUACCACAAGUAGAGUUGGUUUUGUUUUACCUUCAGCCAUUAUAAAUGAAAUAUCUUUUUCCACAAAAGUCCCACAAAAGUGUGAGAAUGAAAAAGUGGAAACAGUGACCAAACAGGCAAUAUUAAAUGGAAGUAUUGUGAAAGAAAGCACUGAAGCUCACGGCACGAUUCAGACAGAGAAAGUGGAUGAAGUUAUUAAAGAAUGGGAAGGUUCCUUCUUUAAAGAUAACCCUCGAUUAAGGAAAAAAUCUGUCUCUCUUCGAUUUGAUCUGCAUUUAGCAGCCACUGAUGAAGGGUGUUUACAGACUAAGCAGGAUAACCUACCGGAUAUAGAAGUCAGGCUUAUCAUGAGAAGAUCAUGCAGUAUCCCCUCUAUCAAACCUCCAUCAGCAACUAAUUAAUCCAAAGACAGUGUCUGACCUGAUGUGAAAAUGACAUUAAGAUGGACCAAGGGUGGGCCAUGCUGACUAUCGCCUGUCCCUAAAUGAAAGUUAUUAAGUACACUUGUUAUGACCAACAUACGAGUCUCUUCAGGAAAAAAAAAAAAAAAAGGAGGGGACAAUAUUUCUCUGAGUCUAAUUAUAAGUGUACUUUUUGGAGAGGGGGAGCUUCAAAUAAAAUCAGAAAUUUAGCACAGUUUCUAUUUUAUUUAUUCUCCAAAGAGUCUUGUUUUUCCCUCGAAAUUUUUAUCAGAGACUGUAAGUAUUAAGAGGGUUUGGUUAAGUCUUUGAAAUUACACUCAGUGGCUGGACACUGUAAGAAAAAGGGAAUAGUCUGUUUAAAUAUGAUUGUAUUAUGUUAAGAACCACACUGAAUUAUUAUUCAUCGUUAUUCCACGAUUGGUUGUAUCUAAAAAGAUUUUUCUACUUAAAAAAGAGAGCACUUAUAAACAAACUUUGAAAGAGGACGCACUAAUCACUUAACGAAAUUUUUUUCAUUUUGAGACAACAAUUUGCAUACUUAGAAAAAGAACAGUUACCUUCCACAAGAUGUUUUGAGCAAAAUAUGGAGCACACCCCAGGGCUAAUUUGAUGAUUAAGAAAAAUCAAGUUAAUCGUCACCUGAAAGUUUUUUGUAAUCAUUGAUUGGCAGAAGUGACUCUAUUCAAAGAACUUUAAAGGUUGUGUCCUCCCCCACAAAAAAUCAGAAGGCCAGCUGCACAAACACAACAUGAAAGCUAGUUACUACAAUUACUAGAACAGAGUUAUCCAAUCUCUCAUCAUUCCAACUUUUCCAUCUGUAAAGUUAAAUGUGAUUAAUUUGAGUCUCUGAAGUGAGCAUUAGAUAAAGAUACACUAUAAAGUAUUACAAAUAUUUCUUGUAUUUAUUUAUGUGAAUUAAGAUAACAGUGUUAUCUAAGCUAAGAGUAUUUGCAAGAUUUGUGUUUUUAAAAUGUUCAAACCGUAAUAAAUAUGGAUAGAAAAUAUAUUUGUGAAUAAGUCAAGUAUUGUUGCAGUUUUUUAAACAACCUAAUCUGUUUAAUACAGGUAUAUUUAAAGACCUUAAAUAAUGCAUACCUGUUUUAAACAUUAGAAAUUUAUAAGCUAUCAAUUUUUUUCUAAGCAAAAAAAAAAACCAUUGAGUACAAUUCACCAUACUUUCUCCCAGCUAAAGUAUUAUCUAAGGGCUACAGCUGUUAGCAUAUUAAUACAGCCUUUGCAACUUUCUGUCCUCUUUGUCAACCAAAAAAAAAAAAAAAGGUAUAUUUUAACCAGAAGAAAAUUAUGUUAAAUAGUCUUUAACAUAAUACAGGGAAUAACAUUUAAAUUUUCUUUCAAUUACUUUAGUUCCCUUUUAGACUGGCUUAUUCUAUUUAGUGAAAAGGAUGAUUUUUUUGUCAAGGAAACAACAGCAUGUUAUGUGCUUAUUCUUGCAUAAGCCUCUGACCUAAAAUACAUCCUAUACAUAAAAGUGUUUUCAUUCAAUGUUAGUUAAAUGCUACUAACUUUAUCAAAGCUUUGAAAAUGCAAUCACAGAAGCUAUUGUACUAAAGUUACUGUACUAAGCAACAGUAUCAUAAUAAAGGAAUAUAGCUAGUGUAAUUUACAUGCAGUGUUAAAAACUUUGUACCAGGCAUCAUGAAUGUGACUGCUUGUUAAAGUAAUUCCACCAUGCAGCUAUUGUAUGUAUAACAUGUACAUUUUAAAAUACAGUACUUGAAUUUAUAACAAAGUUUUAUUUGCUUUGGGACAUUUAAAAUUGGGAUAUGAAUUUACCAAAGUAAAUGAUACCACUACAAUAAAAAAAAAUUGAAACAUGAGCUACUAACCUGCCUU